AUGCCGGAGCAGUUUGACCAGGGCCUGGUGCUGAACCAACUGCGAUACUCGGGAAUGUUGGAGACAGUGAAGAUCCGCCGCACUGGGUUUCCUGUGAGGAGGCCUUUCCACGAGUUCUGUGCCAGGUACAAGGUUCUGCUGCAGAACUCGCCGCAGCUCGACCACAGGGAGCUCUGUGAGCAGCUGCUGCACCUGUACGACAGCAGCGGAGCAGAGUGGCAGCUCGGGAAAACAAAGGUGUUUCUGCGCGAGUCCCUGGAGCAUCGUCUGGAGAAGCAGCGGGAGGUGGAGGUUCUCAAGGCUGCGAUGGUCAUCCAGGCUCACGUCAUGGGGUAUAUGGCCAGGAAGCAGUACCGGCGCCUCCUGCAGUGCAUCGUGGUCAUCCAGAAGAACUACCGCGCCUUCUACUGGAGGAGGCGCUACCUGCUGCUGCGCUGGGCCACCCUGACGCUGCAGAAACGCCUCCGCGGAGUCAGGGCGCGCAGAGCUGUGGGUCUACUGCGAGAGGAGAAGAAGAAAGUGGAGGAGGAAGAGAGACGCAGGACUGAGGAGCUGGACAGGCUGGAGAGAGAGCGGCAGGAGCUGGAGGCCGAGCGGCUCGUCACAGAGGCUGAAGAAGCAGCUCUACACGAAUAUCUCGCCUCUCCGUCAGAAGCCCUUCCAUCCGCCCCAGAGAGCCACAAGGACCUCCUCCCGCCUCCCCCCUCGGAAGAACAGGCCUCCCCCUCAGAGGACCAGGCCUCCGCUCCCUCUGAGGAGCGGGCCAGCAGCGAGGCCUCUCAGGUGGAGGAGAUCCUGAGGUUGGAGCGUGAGAUCCAGAGCCUGCAGAGGCAGAAGGAGCGUCAGGAGCUGUCCCUGACCGAGGCCUCCCUCCACCGGCUCCAGCGCCUCAGGGACCAGGAGCUGCAGCGGCUGGAGGACGAGGCGUGUCGGGCUGCGCAGCACUUCUUGGACUCGCUCAACUUCCACGAGAUCGACGAGUGCGUGAGGAACAUCGAGAGCACUCUGCCGCCAGAGGACAAGGACACAGAGGACCAGAGCAGAGAUGAGGAGGAGGUCGACGAGGGUUUCGGAGCCGACGAUGACGGCUUCAAAGACUCCCCCAACCCCAGCGAGCACGGCCACUCGGACGGCCAGCGCACCAGCGGCAUCCGCACCAGCGACGACUCUUCGGAGGAGGACCCGUACGCUAACGACGGCACGCUGCCCGGCCCCAGCGCUCCUGUGCCCUCAUCAGAAGCCCCUUCAGACGACAUGGUGGAGCUGAUCCCUCCCGACGAGGACUCGGACUAUGACCGUGACGACUACGACGAGGGCGCCAUCGUGUCCAGCGGCAGCACGGCCCUGUCCACGUCCCGCAGCGGGCAGUGGUCGCCGGACUACAGGGGCUCGCUGGGAACCUACAACAGCUCCGGAGCCUAUCGCUUUGGAUCAGAGGGCGCUCAGUCUUCGUUCGAGGACAGCGAGGACGACCAGGACCGACUGGACACAGACGAUGAGGGGUCGUACAGGAGAGACUCUGUGUACAGCUGUGUCACGCUGCCGUACUUCCACAGCUUCCUCUUCAUCAAAGGCGGGCUGAUGAACACAUGGAAGCGUCGCUGGUGCGUGCUCAAAGACGAGACGUUCCUCUGGUUCCGGUCCAAGCAGGAGGCUCUGAAGCAGGGCUGGCUGCAUAAGAAGGGCGGCGGCUCCUCCACACUCUCGCGCCGCAACUGGAAACGCCGCUGGUUUGUCCUGAGACACAGCAAACUCAUGUACUUCGAGAACGACGGAGAGGACAAGAUGAAGGGCGUGCUGGACAUCCGGGAAGCCAAGGAGAUCAUUGACAACACUGGGAAGGAGAACGGCCUCAACAUCGUCACCGCAGAGAGAACGUUCCAGCUGAUCGCAGAGUCCGCUGAAGAUGCCAGCCAAUGGUUCAGCGUCCUGACCCAGGUGCACGGCUCCACAGAGCAGGAGAUCCGGGAGAUGCACGACGAACAGGCCAACCCCCAGAACGCAGUGGGCACUUUGGACGUGGGUAUGAUCGACUCUGUGUGUGCCUCGGACAACCCCGAGAGGCCCAACUCGUUCGUGAUGAUCACAGCGAACCGCGUGCUGCACUGUAACGCUGACACACCGGAGGAGAUGCACCACUGGAUCACGCUGCUGCAGAGGUCAAAGGGCGACACACGAGUACAGGGACAGGAGUUUGUCAUCAGAGGCUGGCUGCACAAAGAGAUGAAGAACAGCAGCAAGGCCUCGCUGAAGCUGAAGAAGCGCUGGUUCCUGCUUACCCACAAUUCCCUGGACUACUACAAGAGCUCCGAGCGGAACGCCAUGAAGCUGGGAACGCUGGUCCUCAACAGCCUCUGCUCCGUGGUCCAACCUGACGAGAAGGUCUUCAAGGAGACUGGUUACUGGAACAUGAUCGUGUACGGCCGUAAGCACUCCUAUCGCCUCUACUCCAAGCUGCUGAACGAGGCCACACGCUGGGCCAACUCGGUCCAGAACGUCAUCGACUCCAAGGCGCCCAUCGACACGCCCACGCAGCAGCUCAUCCAGGACAUCAAGGAGAACUGCCUGAACUCGGAGCUGGUGGAGCAGAUCUACAAGAGAAACCCCAUCCUCCGCUACAGCCACCACCCGCUGCACACGCCGCUGCUGCCCCUGCCCUACGGAGACAUCCACCUCUCAGGUUGCCGCGGCGACACCUCCUCCACGCUGCAGGAGGAGGCCCUGAAGGCGUUCUCGUGGCUGCAGCAGCUGGAGAAAUCCUCCUCGGACCCCGUGUCUCUGCUCCAGGGGCUGCUGCGGACGGGACAGGAGUUGAGGAGCCUCCGGGACGAGCUCUACUGUCAGCUCAUCAAACAGACGCUGCGGCCGCCUCAACCCGCAAGCCCCGCCCACCUCAGCGCCUGGAAGCUGCUCGCCUGCAUGUCCUGCACCUUCGUCCCGUCACGGAGCGUCCUGCGGUACCUCAAGUUCCAUCUCAAGAGGACCAGGGAGUUGUUCCCGGGCUCAGAGAUGGAGAAGUACAGCGCCUUCGCCCUGGAGGCUCUGAGGAGGACCCGCAGCCGAGAGAACGUCCCGUCGCAGGAGGAGAUCCGCUGCAUCGUGGCCCGACAGGAGAUGACCACCACGGUCCACUGCCACGGGGGAGGCUCCUGCAAGAUCACCAUCAACUCCCACACCACAGCCGGAGAGGUUGUGGAGAAGCUUCUGCGCGGUUUGGCCAUGGAGGACAGCAGGAACAUGUUUGCUCUGUUCGAACACUGCAGCUCCAGCGGCACCGAGAAGGCCAUCGAGAGCCGCGCCGUGGUCGCCGACGUCAUCGCCAAGUUUGAAAAACUCUCUGGGUCAGAGCAGAGCGGCGCCGGCUGGAAGUUCUACUUUAAACUCUACUGUUUCCUGGACACGGACAACGUUCCCAAAGACAGUGUGGAGUUCGCCUUCAUGUUCGAGCAGGCUCACGAGGCUGUGAUCCGAGGCCAGUACCCGGCCCCAGAGGAGACCCUUCAGUUCCUGGCUGCGCUCCGGCUGCAGUAUCUCCACGGUGACGCCUCGCCCUCGCCCUCCGCAGACCUGGCUCCUCUCUUCCCCAUGUCCCGCCUCCGUGCUCGCGUCCACAACUCGGCCAAGACCUUUGCUCCCGGGACCAGCACGAGCUCCGGCAGCGGCUCCGGGACUCUGGAGCGCGGGGACAGGAAGAGGGGCAGCUUCCUGGACGGCAGCCUGAGGAGGAGCCUCCGCAGCGGGUCGCUCAGUAAACAGCGGCUGGAGGAGGAGAGUCUGGAGGCCUGGCUCCGAGACGAGGAGGCGGCGCUCAAGGCCAACGUCCACGACAAGUGGAACAAGCUCCAGGGAAUGAACCAGGAGCAGGCCAUGCUCAAGUACAUGGGUCUGGUCAAGGAGUGGCCCGGCUACGGAUCUACUCUCUUCAAUGUGGAGUGUGCAGACGGCUCCUUCCCCCUGGAGCUGUGGCUGGGCGUGAGCAGAGAGGCCAUCUCAGUUUAUAAACGUGGAGAGGCGUGGCCGCUGCAGGUCUUUCCCUACGAACAGAUCCUGUCGUUUGGAGCGCCGCUGCCCACGUCCUACAAGAUCUCUGUGGAAGGACGAGAGCUGCUGUUCGACACACACAUGGUGAUGGACAUCGCCAAACUCAUGAAGGCCUACAUCAGUAUGAUCGUGAAGAAACGCUACAGUAACCCCCAGUCGGUGAGCAGCCACGGCAGCCAGAGCAGCGCCUGGUGA